CUUCACUGCCUUCACUGGUACUCUAUGGUCGUUAAAACUUAAAAACCCUGAACAAAUAUUCCCGCCAUUCUGGGGUUCUUCACUCUUCAUCAGAUUGUAGAUACUCUCUCAGAUAUGGUGUAAAUGAGGAGCAUUAAGCACUUGCGAAGUGCUGUUCACAGUUCCUUACGCUCAAGUGUUAUUCUGUUUGACUUGACGAGGGUUGUGGAAGAAUUGAUAUUCAACAGUCUGGAUGCAGGCGCAGCCAAGGUAUCCGUUGCUAUACGUGUUGGGGCAUGCUUUGUGAAAGUAGAGGAUGAUGGAUCUGGUAUUACUCGGGAUGGAUUGGUUUUGCUGGGAGAAAGAUAUGCAACAUCAAAGCUGCACCAUUUGGCCGAAAUGGAUGCUGCUAGUCAAAGCUUUGGUUUCCGAGGAGAAGCAUUGGGUUCCCUCUCUGAUAUCUCUUUGUUAGAAAUCAUAACAAAAGUUCAUGGGCGGCCAAGUGGGUAUCGCAAGGUCAUAAAGGGAUGCAAGUGUUUGUAUCUUGGAAUUGAUAACUGUAGGCAAGAUGCAGGUACAACAGUCAUUGUUCGUGAAUUAUUUUACAAUCAACCAGUUCGAAGGAAGUAUAUGCAUUCCAGCCCCAAGAAAGUCUUGCAUUCGGUCACAAAAUGUGUACUUAGAAUUGCUCUUGUGCAUCCGCAUGUUUCAUUCAAAGUCAUCGAUAUUGAGAGUGAAGAUGAAAUGCUGUGCACACCUUCUUCCUUUUCUCCAUUGUCUUUAGUGAUGAGAAAUUUUGGUUUGGAGGUUUCUAAUUCUCUUCACAGACUGAAUUUCUCUGAGGGUGCAUUGAAGCUUUCUGGGUAUUUAAGUGCUCCUGGUGACUCUUUCCCCAUGAAGGUUUUACAAUGUGUUUACAUCAACUCACGGUUUGUUUGCAAGGGUCCAAUUCAUAAGCUGCUUAAAAAUUUGGCUUAUAGUGACAAGUGUUUGGAUCUGUGGAAGAGAGAAACCGAGUCCCAAUAUGGGAAAAGGAGUAAGCCCCAAGCUUAUCCGGCAUAUAUUCUGAACUUGUGUUGCCCUAGGUCUACCUAUGACUUAACUUUUGAACCAUCAAAAACAAUUGUUGAAUUCAAGGAUUGGGUUCCUGUACUUGCCUUUGUUGAGCAAGCCAUCAAGCAAUUCUGGCAACAAAUUCCAAUCGAAGGAGAAGACAUUGUUCAUGCUUAUGAGGCAUCAGGCGGAUAUGAAAAAUGCAUGGAAGAUGAAAAAAUUGCAUUGCCAAGACAUGAUAUGUGGGUAAAAUCUGAAGCUGUAAAAAAGAAGCGUCGGACCCAAUAUGAUCUGAUUGAUAUUAGCCCAUACUCUUGUCCUUUAAAUGUCCAAUCCGAAGAGUCUGACCUUAUACCCCACCAUAAGAACUGUAACACUCCAUCAAGGAAACUUCAUAGAAACACUCCAUGUUUUGAAGGACAAAAUACUAAGACAGGGUAUGCUUUCCCAGUCAUGACUCCAACUUCAUUGAGUUCUUCUAUUCCAAACCAUAUGCCAAAAUUUAGUCCAGAGGGUUGCAGCCAUACAUGGACACCUGGAAACAAUGUUUUUCCUUCAGUCGAUAAUUUAAUGAAGGAUGAGUUGAUUGCCGCAGAAUUGUCCUUGGAGUAUGUGAAAGGUUCUUUUUUAAAUUCAGGAUGGGGAAAUGAAUCUCCUGAAGCUGAUGCUAACAUUAGCAGAGAAUUUACAAGGUGGCUUUCGCCAUGCAACAACCAGUUCAAAUACAGAAGCAGUGUGAGGGGGGUUUCAUUUCCUUCAGACUCUCCAAAGAGUCUUAAGAUACCUCUUUUGGGGCGUUGCUCAUUGUUGAGAGAUGUGCCAUAUGAAGGUUCAUUGAAAUUGAAUACAAGCCGUGAAGAAUUUGAAUGUUCUAUGCUGAGAAAUGUACCAUAUGAAGGGUCUUCGUAUACAAGCCAUGAAGAAUUCGAAGUUCACCAUGAUAGAUUCAAGACCAAAACAAAACCUUCUGAUUCUGAGGAAAUGGUGGGUGUUCUAGAUGAUGAUGAUGGUAACCAGAGUUUUGAUUUCUGUUUGAAAGCUUCAUGGCAAGAUAGGCCAGAAACUUCUCAAAUGUCCUCUGGCAGCAUUAGAAAGUGCAGCACCACAGCUACAGAUUUAGACUUGUUGCCAAGGGACUUUAUUAAACCAUAUCCUUCUGAUUUUGAUAAGAUGACGAGGGUCCCGGAAGCUGAGAUAGGUCAACAGAGUUAUGAUAUCUUUUGGAAAUCUACUUGGCAAGAUGAGGCAGAAACUUCUUGGUUAUCCUCCGGAAGCAUCACAAAAUGCAGCACAACUACAGAAUUAGAUGUGUUGCCAAGGGAUUUCAUGAAACCGUCUCCUUCUGAUUGGGAGUACCUUAGUGAAGGGAGUGGCCCUCCAAAUGAUUCUCCCCUGAAAGUUGGAGAAAUAGGCUCUAAUCAUCAAUCCAUAAACUCUGAAUGGUGUUACAGAACCUCUGAUUCUAUUUCUUGGGAUACACCUUGGAAGGGUGAACAUUUUUCUGGUGACUAUGCAUGCAGAAAGAAUUUUAGGACUACCAAGAGUGCUAUGUAUGAACUUUCUGAAAAUGGAGAAGGGAAUGAUGAAUAUGAAGUUUUUGGUUAUGAUACUAUGCAGAAUAGUCCCACUGAAGAAGGUUGCCCUGUUGUUUGUAGGGAAAUUUUUUCUGAUAAAUUAACUGAUGUAGUAGAAUGGGUAGGUCUAGACGCUUCAAGGACAGAUAAUACAGAUAAUUGUACAGUACCCACACGGCCCUUUCCUUCUCCUUAUUACAAUAAUAAGGGAAACAAUCAAAGGGAUCUGGGAUCUCAAAAUUGUGUACAGUAUCAUGGUCAUACGCGACAUUCCAGGAGAAGCCACUCAGCUCCACCAUUUCACAAGGGCUGCAAAAAGUUCUCCACUGUUUAUAACCAUGAGACCACUACAGCAGAACCUGAUGCAUGGAUUGUCCAUGAUGCCACUACAUUACCAGGAGCUUAUAAAUUUAAGCCUUCAUCACGAUCUUGUGCUGUAUCUGAGCAAUAUUCUGAAGGAAACCUUUCUGAUAGUUCUUUUUUCUACAUGGGAACAAUCAAGGAGACAAUGCAACAUGACAAACAGAAUAUCCAUGGUAUUGAAAAGAUUGCAGAGAUUGAGAAGACAAACGACCCAGAUUCUCUUGAAGGCCUCAUAACCGAUCGUCUGGAAGAUUCAGAACUUUCUGGGGUCAAGUGGCGGAAUAGCCAUCUUCAGGCUACAGAUGGAAAUGAACCAGAGAAUUUGCAUGGAUUAAAUGAUGUACUUGAUGUCUCUUCUGGGAUCUUGCAACUUGCUGGUGGUUCAUUAGUUCCAGAAUCUAUCGAAAAGGAUUUUCUUGAAAAUGCCAAGAUUCUCCUGCAGCUGGAUAAAAAAUUCAUCCCCAUAAUGGCUGGUGGAACAUUGACCCUCAUUGACCAGCAUGCUGCAGAUGAAAGGAUUCGACUGGAAGAGCUGCGUCACAAGGUGCUAUCUGGUGAAGGGAAGACUGUUGCUUAUCUGGACGCUGAGCAAGAGUUGGUACUACCUGAGAUUGGAUAUCAGUUAGUGCACAACUAUGCAGAACAGAUAAAGAAUUGGGGCUGGAUCUGUAACAUCCAUGCUAAUGUUUCAGGUUCCUUUACGAAGAACAUGAAUCUCCUAAACAGGCAACCAUCCACUGUCACACUUCUUGCGGUACCUUGUAUUUUAGGUGUCAAUUUAAAGGACAAGGAUCUUCUGGAGUUUCUGGAGCAGCUUGCUGAGACGGAUGGAUCAUCAACUAUGCCGCCUUCCGUACUUCGUGUCCUCAAUUUUAAAGCAUGCAGAGGAGCAAUCAUGUUUGGGGAUUCCUUGUUGCCGUCAGAAUGUUCAUUAAUUAUCAACGAACUGAAGCAGACCUCCCUGUCCUUUCAAUGUGCUCAUGGGAGACCAACUACUGCCCCUAUCGUCAACUUGAAGGCCUUGCACAAGCAGAUUACCGAGCUUCAGUUGUGGAAUGAAAAUUCCAAUGGAUCGUGGCAUGGUCUGCGUCGACAUAAGCUCAGUCUUGAACGUUCAAAACAGCGUUUAAGCUCAGGUUGAGAUUGAUGUGGAUGACAAGCAAGGAUGCCUUCAUGUUGUCAGGUUUAUGCCUCCCAUUUCAUUCCCAUCAAAUUGAAGGCCUUGCAUAAGUAGGUUGCUGAGCCUCAACUAUGAAAUUUGCUUUUAAAUAACCUCGGGCGUGACUUUCACUGAUUUGGGUUGACCUAAACAUGGAGAGCAGUAUUUAAGCACAAAGUCAGUGAAGAUGACAAGCAAGGUUGCCUUCCCUAGUAAUUUGGUGGCCCUCGGUUAGGUGCCAAGCCUGCACAAUUUUGUUCAUUUGAAAUGCAUUCUUUGAUUUCUUU